AUGAACAAUAUCAGUGAGAUUGUGUAUGAUAACGCAUCUUUCUAGAUGGUAUGCCAACGUAAAAACACUCGCAAGGAAAUCACAUACUUUUUGUAUGUAAUAGACAAUAGUUUGAUUUUGACUCAAGAGCUUAAUUCCCAAUAACCAAAAUAUGUUCUCGAAAUCAAUCUUUAGUUGAAAGUCUACUGGAACCAAGAAAGACAGAAAAUUACACAAUUCGGAUUUGAAAGCAAAGACGAAGUCAAGUAUUUCGAUGGAAACUGUGAAGAUUUUAAAUAGUUAAAGAGAUUACUAAGAAAUAGAGUUAUGUAUAGAGAUGUGAGUGAUUUCUAUCUGCCUAUCAAAUAAUUAGGAAGAGGAGGUUCUUCAAGAGUUUAUCUGGUUAUGGAUAAAUGUGAGAAAUAUGAAUUCGCAUCCAAAAAUGUUGAGAAGAGAUACCUCAGAGAAGAUGGAGGCUUUGAAGCGUUGUUCAACGAAAUUAAUUUGAUGGCAGCACUUGAUCAUGAAAAUAUAGUGAAGAUGGAAGAAGUAUACGAAGGAGAAACUACCUUUUAUCUCAUAUUGGAAUACUUGAAAGGGAACUCACUACAUGAUUUGAUUUCCAAGGGUAUCAUCUAAUUGGAUUGGGAUGAAAUUAGGUCUAUCAUGUUUGCAAUUCUAACUGCCGUGGCUCAUAUGCACUCCUUGAACAUUAUGCAUAGAGAUUUAAAACCAGAAAACAUAAUGUUUAAGAAAUUAAAUGAUAUUCAUGGGGUGAGGAUCGUAGACUUUGGAUUAGCCACAUGGCAGACCGCUGCUACAUACCCUUUUCCUAAAUGUGGUACUCCUGGAUAUGUUGCACCAGAAAUAGCCAAUCUUAAAGAUCUUACAUUUAAAUAUGAUAAGAUAUGUGAUAUGUUCAGCGUUGGCUGUAUAUUCUAUAAAUUAAUUACAUCCAAAGAUUUGUUUCCGGGAAAUGACUAUCAUGAAAUUCUCAAGCUAAACAAGAAAUGCAUUAUAAAUUUAGAUACUCUCAGUCUCUAUUCAACUCCUUAAUCAGCCAUAGACUUAAUAUCCUAAAUGUUGUAGGCUGUUCCACACCAAAGGAUUUCUGCAUAAUAGGCUUUGGAUCAUCCAUUUUUUACUGGAACAUUCAUUGAUAGAAAAAUGAAAUUUCAAUCAUCUAAAAAAUAACUUAACAAUAAUAGUAAACCUUGGUAAACAUCAACCUUCAAAACUGAAAAAUCUGAUAGGCUUUAAUUACCAGAAAUCAAAUAAAGAUCUAGAUAAAAAGAUGAUGAUAAUGUAGAUGAAGAAACCCCCAAAAUGAGAGUUCCUACCUUAAAUAGUCCAAGACUAGCAUAACAUGCAAAAAAAAAGAAUUUGGCCCUAAAUGAUAAUUCACCAACUGAAUUUCCUAAGAAAAGUGCUUUUAAGAAGUUUUCCACUCAAGAUUUUGAUCCACUAACACCAGACACUUAGUCACCUGAUUCAGGGAGAAUGAAUUUUAGUAAUAGUCCUCGACUCAUUUAACAAAGUGUUAUAAAAAGGAAAUUCACAUACUCGAAAUUCAAUUAGUAAAGAUAGUAGGCCAUUUAUGAAGUCGAUGAUGAAUAGAAGCAUUGA